CUCAAAUACGUGAAACCAUUAGAUAUAGUAGUCUCUUUUUUGUUCGCAUUUCUGAUCCUUUGGAUAUUGUCACUAUUCAUUCUCAUUCUUAGAUUUCAAAAUCUGAUGCUGACGCACAUCCAGGACCAACCAAUAUCGUUUGGAUCGUACGAGUUCCGCUAAGUGCGCACCCUCUAUCCGUUAGUCCGAUUGGCUACCUUGCCAAAUAGUCAAUAUCUUCGAGCAGCUCAUGGACUCUUUCCUUACUGCUGCCUGUACAUAUUCUUUUAUCUUUGCUAUCUGUUUGUUUUCUUCGUCGUUUUUUUUUUCUUGCCUAAACCCUCAAACAAAUAUCCUAUUCUACCCGUUACUUUUCUCGCUUUGCGGCCUUUGUCCCUGGCCUUGGCUAAAGUCUUCCAUUCAUGAAUAACGUCGAGAGGAGGAAUGAAUUACCUCUUAUUGUACAUAGUUAAUAAAACACACAAAUUCUGAG